AUGACGGACCGAAGUGUCGACGCAGAAAAGCAUACAGACCGGGAAGACCUUCCCACCACAAAGACUGUAGAUGAUGUGCAGCGCAACCUACAGACAUGGCCGAGCGCGCACGACGUCGAGAUACAAGAAGCCACAUUGGACGUCGGAGCCGAAAAUCAAGCAGCGCAAAAUCCGCAGGUUAAGUCACAUCAACCUGCUCUUACACGCAUGCUCUCGCGCCGCUCGGCAGCAUCGCUUGACCCCGGUCCAGCUCCUGACGGUGGCCUCACAGCUUGGAUCCAGGUCCUCUGCACCCAUCUGACAAUUUUAACCACCUUUGGUUUCUUUACAUCAUUCGGCGUAUACCAAACGUACUACGAAAACACACUCGGAAUCUCGCCUUCGACGAUAUCAUGGAUCGGUUCCCUCCAGGUCUUCCUGCUUUUCUUCCUUGGUACUUUUACAGGCCGUGCUACGGAUGCUGGGCUCUUCCGCCCAGUUUAUAUCGCUGGCGCAUGCUUCCAGAUACUUGGCAUCUUCACGUUGGCCGAGAGCAAAAGCGUGUGGCACGUCUUUCUCUCCCAGGGCGUGUGUCUAGGCAUUGCAAACGGGCUGCAGUUUUGCCCUUCGAUGGCCCUGGUAUCUACCUACUUUGUCAAGCGUCGUGCCUUUGCGCUCGGUUUCACAGCCCUCGGAUCCUGCACUGGCGGUGUCAUCUUCCCAGUCAUUGUGCAACAAUGCUUGCCUAGCUUAGGCUUCCCGUGGACCAUACGUAUCAUUGGCUUCAUUAUGCUGCUCAUGAACGCCAUUACCGUUGCCUUAUAUCGUACACGGCUCCCACCUAGAAAGACCGGUCCGCUAGUGGAUUGGGCAAGCUUCAAGGAAUUACCCUAUGCACUGUACUGCGCUGGCGCCUUUUUCAGUUUCUGGGGCUUGUAUUUCGCUUUCUUCUACAUUGGGAGUUACGCACGGAAUGUCCUUGACGCAAGUUACCAGCAGAGUAUCAACCUACUUCUUGUGCAGGUUUGCAUGGGGUUCGUCUUUCGCCUAUUACCUACGUAUUAUGCUGAUAAGAUUGGGGGCCUCAACGUUCUCAUACCUUUCGCUUUCAUCUGUGGUGUCAUGAUGUUCGCGUGGAUUGGGAUCAAGUCCAUGGCUACCUUGUACGUAUUCGCUGUCAUAUACGGCAGUGGAAGCGCCGUUAUACAGGCACUUUGGCCAGCCGUGAUCGGCAGUAUGAGCCGUGAGAAAGACCUGAAAAAAUCGGGUGUGAGGAUGGGAAUGGCUUUUACCGUCGUGAGCGUGUCAAGUUUCACAGGGCCACCUCUAGCCGGCGCGCUCAUCCAAAGUCACAACGGUAGCUAUACGUACGCAAACAUCUGGGCAGGUAUGUCGUUCAUCGUUGGAGGCUGUCUACUACUGGCUACCAGGGUAUCUCUGGUGGGCUGGGACUGGAAGGCAAAAGUAUAG